AUGAUAAAACUGGUGCCCCUCUUCAGGAGAACUGGUCUCAAUUUAUUAUUAUGCAACCGCAAGGAUCUCUUCUUUCUCAGGGUGUAUAAGCUGCUGGAUUGCUUUUCGCCCAAAUCAAUGUGGUUUCUUUGGAACAUUUUCAGCAAAGGAUCGCAUAUGCUGCAGUGUCUUUGUGGCAAGAGUCUUAAGAAAAACAAGAACCAAACUGAUCCCCAGCUCAAGGGUAUAGUGACCAGGUUAUAUUGCAGGCAAGGCUACUACUUGCAAAUGCACCCCGAUGGAAGUCUCGAUGGAACCAAGGAUGACAGCAGUAAUUCUACGUUAUUCAACCUUAUACCAGUGGGACUUCGAGUUGUUGCUAUCCAGGGUGUAAAGACUGGGUUGUAUAUAGCCCUAAAUAAUGAAGGUUUCCUCUACACAUCAGAACUUUUUACACCGGAGUGCAAAUUCAAGGAGUCUGUUUUUGAAAAUUAUUAUGUAAUCUACUCAUCCAUGCUCUACAGACAACAGGAGUCCGGAAGGGCCUGGUUCUUAGGUCUGAACAAGGAAGGGCAGGUCAUGAAAGGAAACAGAGUCAAGAAAACAAAACCAGCAGCUCAUUUUCUACCCAAGCCAUUGGAAGUUGCCAUGUAUCGAGAACCAUCUUUGCAUGAUAUUGGAGAAACAGUGCCAAAGGCUGGGGUAACUCCAAGUAAAAGCACAAGUGCGUCUGCAAUAAUGAAUGGCGGCAAACCACCAGUUAACAAGAGUAAGACGACAUAGCCAGAUCCUCACAGGUGUUGUGACUUACUGAGUCCCGAGUGCAGUUGAGCAAUUUAUCCUUGCCAGACUUCCCUUCUGCAGUGUCUGUGGAUCAGCUCGCAGCAAAUGGCAUCCUGGCACGUGGCUGGUUCUGAACUGAAUCAUUGCAAGCGGAUAAAGCUCAACGUGUAGCUCCACCCACAAUGAGAAGACACCUGGAUGAACCAGCUAAACUCAGACCAUGGAAUGCCCUACCAGAUAUUGGAAUGCCUUUUUAAUAUCUUUUCUGUGACUGUGACACUUCAUGUGAAUGACAUACUUCACAAGUACACUUGAUACCUUGCCUGCUGACGAUUACCCAUAAUCCCUUUUUGAGUCCAGUUUCAGCAAAAUCCAUGUGUUUAAGUUCUAUUUUGUAGCACACAAAUAAUCAAGUAAUUUCUAGGUAGAUGCUGUAACCUGUGCUAUUAUGGAUUUCUCUUCUUCCCUUUUUUAUAAGGCUGCUCGCUCCACUGUCUGUGACCUUUUGCAGGGAUUGUGUUUCUCUAUAACUUUAAGUGUUGCCGGUGGCUUAGUUUUGAAAGUAAUCAGGGAAUCAGGAAGCCUUCAAAAAUCUAUAAUUACAAAUUAUAUCUAUAAAGAAUAGGAUCGUUGUCUCUGGCUUACAAUGCUGAUCAAUGUGAAUACUCUCUAGUAACAGAUACUGUGCUUCUGAGGUUGGCAUUAUAGUGGAGGGAAGAGUGUCAAACACAACCAAUGGGAAGUUUUCUGAAAUGAGUGUUUGGCAUCCCCCUAUAGUUUCUUUUUGUGUGUGUGUUUUAUACAUAUCACAGGCUUACUGGUAAUGGUAACAUUUGCCUUGCCCAGCGAGCAAGACCCACUCAUUUUUGGGAAAGUGGGUCCAAAGAAUUUUGUAGGCCUUGUAGGCCUGAAUUAAGGCUCAUUUUUCAUCUACUAAAGCUUCAUUGUUUGAAAAACUACCACCACCAAUAAAAAAACAGUUAAGACUAACCAGAAUUGCGCUACCUAUAUCCAUUUUGAAUAUAAUCCUUUUCUGUUUUUAAGGAACUGAAUUUAAUGCCAUUGUUAUUUUUGGCUGAUUUCCACACCUA